CCGUUUGACGUUUGUUUAAAAACAAACAAAUGUUGUAGUUGUUUAUAUAUUAAUGAAUUUGAAAAUUCAUUCUUAUUACAACCGUAAAGAUGUGGGUGUGCGAUGAUAUUCGAUCGUUGGAUAUUGAAGAUGACCACUAUGAUUAUAAAGAAAAACUAGUAUUUCACACAAUUUGGUAUGAUACUGAUUCAUCUGAGGAAAAGAAAUUUCUGUUAAAUUAUUACCCUCGUGAUAACACUCUGGAAUUAAUCGAUACUCAACUCGACAGAAUAUUUCUUAAGAGAACUUGCCUAAAUGGAGUUCAUCUACAGGAUAUGUUCAUUGGAAAUGAGAUAAGAGUAUAUGGUAGGCAAAUUAAAAUAACAGACUGUGCAGAUAACCGAACACUACAAUUUAUUGCCAAGUCUAGUGAACAUACAAUUGCAGUAAUUAAACCAGAUGCACUCGAUAAGAUUGGUGAAAUUUUAAAAAUAAUAGAGGAAAAUGAGUUUAGAAUAACAAAACUAAAGAUGUGUACUUUGACCAGAAAUCAAGCAGAAUAUUUCUAUGAUUAUUUAAAAGAUGAAUCUUUCACCUUGCAACUAAUUGAUCACCUAAUAUCUGGACCUAUAGUUGCAAUAGAACUAGUAGGAGAAUAUGCUACAAGGAGGUGGAACAAAUUAAUAGGUCCAAGCUCUCCAAGCGAAGCAAGAAAAACAUCACCCAAUUCACUGAGAGCUCUUUAUGGGAAAGAAAGAGUAACAAAUGCAAUCCAUGGUUCUUUAAAUGAGGAAAUGGCACUGGAGGAGGCAAAAUUCUUCUUCAUUCAGUAUCACGCCUCUCCAGCUCUUAAACACAAAAAUGCCACAUGUUGUGUGAUUAAACCUCAUGCUGUUAAGGAAGGUAACUUAGGAAGAAUUGUUGCAUCAAUUCAGAACUCUGGGUUUUCCAUAACUGCAAUGCAGUUGUUUUAUUUAAAUGAUGCCACUGCUAAUGAAUUUAUGCAAGUUUAUAAAGGAGUGGUCGCUGAUUACAAUGCUUUACUGCUUAGUUUUGUGGAUGGACCAUGUGUGGCUUUGGAGAUUAGUAACAAGGAAAGUGAUUGGGAUGUUCAUGGUCAAUUUAGGCAUUUUUGUGGACCAUAUGACACUGAUAUUGCUAGGAAAAUACGUCCCAAUUCGUUAAGAGCCAAAUUUGGGUUAGAUAGAUAUAAAAAUGCUGUUCAUUGUACAGAUUUACAUGAAGAUACUUUUGAAGAAUUGUCUUAUUUUUUUAAACUACUAAAUGUUUAAUAGUUUUUCUUGUUAAGUGUAAAUAUAUUUAUACAUUUUUA